CGGAGGACUCGUGCUCCUCCCCCGUCCCCAUGCAAUGCAACUGGACGACCCUGCGGAUUUGAUUGGUGGAGCUGGAGCGCGGGUCUCCUAGGAUUGGCGAUCGGGAAAUCUGCGCGUGUUGGCGCGGAGGCCAGCUCGGAGUCCUUGCUGGCUCUGCUUUCCCGCUGCUUCCGAGUGUCGGCGGCACCAUCAUGGUGGACAUAAUGGAGCUCCCCAAAGCGCGCAUCAACGCCAGCAUGCUAGCGCAGUACAUCGACCGGCCCGUGUGCUUCGUGGGGAAGCUGGAAAAGAUUCAUCCCACUGGAAAAAUGUUUAUUCUUUCAGAUGGAGAAGGAAAAAAUGGAACAAUUGAAUUGAUGGAGCCACUUGAUGAAGAAAUCUCUGGAGUUGUGGAAGUAGUUGGAAAAGUCACAGCGAAAGCAACCAUAAUGUGUGCAUCUUAUGUCCAGUUUAAGGAAGAUUGUGUUCGCUUUGAUCUUGAACUUUACAAUGAAGCUGUGAAGAUUAUCAAUGAGUUACCUCAGUUUUUUCCUUUAGGGCUUAUACAACAUGAAUGAACUUCUUGAAAUUUUUAUGACUGCCAGUGAGCAACAUUGAAAGUUUUUAAAGAAGACUCCUUCAGUUGGAGUGAGAGACUCCUCUAAUAUCUCAUAUUUAAUUUGCUCUUUUGUAUGUAUUAUGUUGUAAAUCUAUUAUGUAACAGUUUACAACAGUCCUUAUAAAAUUUUUAAAAUGGCUACAUCUGCAUAUGGUCUGAAUUCAAGAUUUAGAGUUUAGAUUUCUGCUGUAUAAUAAAAAUCAAAAUAACAUGU